UCACAUAACGCGUUAUUUCUCUCUCACGCAUUUUCAAUAAUCAAAUAAAAUAGUGUGAAUCCAAUCUUACAGCUACCUCACUCUUUGUUCUCUUUCUCCCAGUCUCUGUUUCAUAUCUUCAUCAAGCAAACAGAGCAGCUAAAGCAUGGUGAUAUCAUUUGCUUUGCUGCUGCUUCUCUUUGUUAUCGGCCUUUUCGCCAUCAAGUUUCCAACGAACAACAAAUUUACCGCGUGGCUUCGCGGUUAUUUCUCCGUGCCAGAGCGCAAAUCUGAGGAACACAAGGUGAUCAUGAGAAGUACUGCUACUGUUAGUCCUGCUGCUGGUGGGAAGAAUAAAAACAAUAGUGAAGAAUAUAAAGCGGAAUUAAAGAGCGUGUUCGCGACGUUUGAUAAGAACAACGAUGGAUUCAUAACGCGGCAGGAGCUCCAGGAGUCGUUGAAGAACAUAGGAAUUGCGAUGACUGAUAAGGAUGUGAAGGAGAUGGUGGAGAAAGUGGAUUCAAAUGGAGAUGGAUUGAUCGAUAUAGACGAGUUCUGCGAGCUCUUCGAGUCGAUUAUGAGUCCUGCAAACAUAAAUGGAAUUGAAGGAGAACAAGAAGAAGGGGAAGACGGAGGAGGUUAUUUGAAAGAGGCUUUUAACGUGUUUGAUGAAGAUGGAGACGGCGUGAUUACAGUGGAGGAGCUGGGGAUGGUGCUGUCGUCGUUAGGGUUUAAGGAAGGGAAGCUGCUGGAGAGUUGUAAGGAGAUGAUUCGAAAUGUUGAUGUCGAUGGAGAUGGGAAGAUCAAUUUUGAUGAAUUUAAGAUGAUGAUGAAAGCUGGUACAAGAUUUCUCCCGGUUUCGUGAUUGUUAUUGUUACUGAUUCGAUCUAGGAUGUCUGGAAUCUGGAUUUGUACAUAUAACAAAAGAAAUGCUUAGUGAUACUACUAGUGUUUACUAAUCUGAAUCUCAGCUUUUCUGCAUCUGUAUGUAUAUCUGUUCCAAGUUUAUCAUAACAUCUCUUACUCUUAUGAAACAA